AUGAGACAUUACGGCAUUCUAGAUCUUUGGAAGAGCACAACGGAAAAUAGGAAUCAAGGGACAAAUCCUCUUGCCGGGCCAAGUGAUGCAGUACCUGCUGGUGUUUGUAGUACCAUCACAGACAGCAACCAGAGUCCCAGUGAUGUCCCUGUGAAUGUUGUCUCUUUGAUGCCCGGCCAAGCACCAAGCUCUUCAAACACUCAGGUGUCAGAUGGGGACAAAGCUGGUGCCACGCUCCUGUUCUCUGGAGUCUUCUUGGGCCUGGUUGGCAUGACAUUCACGGCUAUGGGGUGGACAAAUUACAAUUUCAGCCACAUCUACGAGUGGACACAGCUUCUGGGGCCCAUUCUGCUGUCAGUAGGAGGUACAUUUGUGCUGAUAAGCAUCUGCAAGUUCCGAAUGCUGUCCUGCCUGAGCUGCAAGCAGAAUGAUGGAGAGAGAACACCUGGAACGGACCCUCUGCCACCCCUUUCAGGACCAUCGUUCAUCUUCACUAGAUUCAAUCAGCCCAUUACCUUCCACAGGGCCACGGUGGUCCAGUACAUCCCACCACCGUACACCUCCGUAGUACCAGACCAAAGUCUGAGUCUUGUUAAUGGUUUGCAUUCAAAUCACCAGCCAUUAGCAGUCACAGUAAACACACCACCACAGUAUUACAGCAUGUAUCCAGUGGAAAACCCUGGUUUUAAUUCUGGUGAACAUGACAAUGCUACAGCAGAGCAAAGGGAAAACAGGAGUCGCAGUGUCUCAGAGGAAGAAGAAGAAGAGAAAGCGAGUACAGCAGACAGCGCCUCCUCUCCACCUGCUUACGAGGAGCUCUUCCACUCCUGA